GGCAGUGUGCUCAGUGACUGGAAUCUAGGUGGGGCGCUCCCCUCCCCAGGAGCUUUUCUGCUGAUUAAGAAGCUGGGAGCUUAUUCACUCACUUCUCAGACGCACCGGCACAGCCUAGGAAGUCACCUGGAGGAAGACCGUGUCUGCCACGCUUGCUCGCUCGCCCGCCCGCCCGCCCGAAGGUGGUCUGCACAAGAUGAUCCGGUGCGGCCUGGCCUGUUGGAGGUGCCGAUGGCUUCUGCCGCUGCUCCUGGGCUUAGCCAUCAUCCUGGGCAUAAUUGCACUGUCCGGCCGGGGAUGGUUAGAGUCCGCGGAAGCACCUUAUGUGCGCCAGGCUUCUUUGUGGUGGGACUGCGCCAAGCUAACUCCUGAUGACUUGAACUGGAAAUGCAGCUCCCUCAUGGAAUACAGUUGGGGUAGAGCUGCUGCUGCCACAUACCUGGUUGGCUUCAUUAUCCUGUGCAUCUGUUUUUGCCUAGCAGUCAUAGCAUUUUCCAUUGAAAUACUGCGGUUUAACUUUGUUAGAGGAAUCGGAGGCUUGCUCUUCGUUGCUGCUGCUUUCCAGAUAAUAGGCUUGGUUAUCUAUCCAGUGAUGUUCACCGAAGAGAUUCCAUUAACAGGAAGUAACAUGUUCAGUUGGGCCUAUGGCUUUGGUUGGGCAAGCACUAUUAUUGCAAUAGGUUGUGCAUUCUUUUUCUGCUGUCUUCCCAACUGGGAAGAUGAAGUUCUGGGUAACAUAAAACCCUACAUAUACAAUGGUGGCUUGCAACAUGUUUGAUGCGGAAUUAAUGGAAAAUAUUGUUUUGAGUAAAUAAAGCAAUUCUGUGUUUGCUUAAUAGGAAAAAAAUCAGUAAUUACAUUGCCAUAUUCUCAUCUGAAUUACUAAUUUUGUUCUAAUAAAGCCACAAACCCCACAGUUUCUUUUUCAUUUCCAUUUCCAUACCCAUUUUUGGAUCUGGCUGCUGUUGCAUUACCUAGAAGGAAUUGCAUUUUGUAGCUUCCCUUUCAUUAAUAACAAUGGUUUUCCCCAGGAGACAAAGGUAUUGGUGUACUUUGCUCCUAUAUGCUGAUGUUUUACAGAGUACAUUGAUAAAUAAGCAUAAUAUCUUUAAUCCUUUUUACAGUGCAAGACCAGUGAACAUUUUAGAUUUGUUAAGUCCAGUGGAAGCUGGUGGUUUCAAUGUCAGUAGGGUGGUAGCACCCUGGAUAACUCCUUAAAAGUUCAAAAUAAAAUCCAGGGUGGAUACACCACACCAGUGACACUGGGGCCGCCAGUCAUUGCACAGGUCUGUUAUCCAUAAAGCCACUUUGGAGUGGAUUUUGGAAGAACUAAACUCAGAUAAGCAAUAUAUAUGAGCGCGCGUCUGAAAAAGCACAGAAUAAGCACAUGUAGAUUCACAUGCAAGCUUUUAAGCACGGUUUCCUCUCAAAUCCUAUUAUUUUCAGUGUGGCACAAUAGAGCAAUGCUUGGGGAACUGCAACCAAUAUGCUUACUGUGCUCAACCAGUUAGUGCUUAUUGUAAAGUAAAUCCAAAGUAGUAAAGCAUUUUGUAAGGACAUAUAUAACAUACAUUGAUAAUCUGUAGGUUUUGGUCAUUAUUAAUUCUCCUCUAGUUGUUAACAUUUUCAAACACUGUAACAUACUCUCUAUUUUUUUAACCACUAAGAAAUGUUAAAUGGUGUUUUCAGAGCACUCUGAUUUUAAUGUUGCAAGUGCUAAUAGGCAGCAUUUAAGAAAAACCACUUUGAACAGAAUCUUAACAAAACUAUGACUAGAAACUUUGAUUGGAAUAUGGUUUACAUUAAAAUAUUUUAGCAUAUGAAAGCUACAGUUAUGGCUAAUAUUUGUAUUAAAAUGUGUUACUUAGAGUUUAGUUUGUCAAAUAUUUCUUGUUUUAUAACUUUGUGUAGGGCUUUUUAUUUUUGGCAGUUGCAGAAAUCUUGUAUAUUGAAAUUUAGUGUGCAAACCUAUGCAAGUUAAACAGAAGAAAUACUCUGUACGUCUCAGAAUCCUCCAACUAGCAUGGUCAACCAGGGAAUUGAGAAGUGUAAAAUGCAUAGAAUUUUGCCCCUUAUGCAUUUACACAAGAUUAUUUUAUGUGUUUAUAAUUCUUAUUGUCCAAAGGAAUCCAGGUGCUCUUACAUUAUUUGAUUAAUAAAGUAUUGUAAAUUUCUCACACAAAUGCUGAUUUCAGUAGUUUUGUAUGUGUUAUACAUGGUGUUGGAUUGUGGCCAAACUGUAUAUUAAACUGUAUAUUAAACCCUUAAAACAUACUGUAGAACUGUUUGGGCCAAUUGUCACAACAAUAUACAACCAUUUUUCAAGAUGUUUGAAAUAUCUGUUGUGAUUUGUAAAUGUUUGUACUUAACAAAGCCCUGAAAAACCUCUGAGGAUGCAGUCCCAUACCCACUAACCUAGAAAUACACCUUAUUUAAAUCAAAGGUGCUAAUUUCUGAAUGAGCACAUACAGGAUUACACUUUAAAGAGAGUAAGAAGUAGUAAAUGGAAGAAACAUUUUCAAAGAAAAGACGUCUUUCCAAGGAGGGCGGGAAUUAGCAUGGCUGAUUUGACAGUGCAUCGAGUAUCAUUUUCUUGUAACUCCUACAGAAGCCUAUAAACCUCACCCUUGAAAAUACACACCACUAUUUUGCCAUGUGACUAGCACAGAGAAAGUUUAACUCCUGCUAAUUUCUAGAUACUUCAUUUAAUGAUAAGCUUACACCAUGUACCUCCAAGGACAAAUCAGCGUUUGCUUGAUUCUAGACCACCACAAGACCAACAUGAGUGGGGCUUAGUAAAAGCAUCUCAAAAGAUGAAUCCACAUUGUUACCAGCUUCUAGAUGCUUGCAUGUAUAACCCCCUUCAGCCCUAGCCAAGGGAGCUAAUAGUGAGAGAUGAUGGGCCCUGUGGUCCCCUAGAUGUCCUGGUCUACAAGUUGACCAACCCUGGGCUAGUGACUUGGCACAGACAAAAAUAAGCAUUUACAGACUUUUCCUUGUUGGCAGCUAAGUACACGAAGAAGUGUUUGAGUCAAAGAUCUUGUUCUGUUUGGUAAAGGAUCAAAAACUAGCCUCCUGAGGGAAUUUUGCCAAAUAUUAUAUAUGUAUCAACACACACAGCCCAUCUAGAACAGUUCCUCUGCAAAUUCAAUUGGAGGCUAGAAAUUAGCAUAAGUCUUAUAGUUGCAAAUUCCUAUGGCUUUUUCAUCAAUCGACUUAACAUGGCAGAUGUUUAUGUAAUUGGGCUGUAAUUUUAGAGACAGGAGAAUAUUGUCAUUAUACAACAUUCUACAACAAUUAUCCUUCUGAAUCACAAACUUCUCCCCUCACUUGAAGACCCCCAUUUUGAACAAAAAUUUUACAUAACACAUAAUUCUGUAAAAGAAACACAUGUUUUUAGCCUGUAGGGCAUUGGGAUAUUUUUAGGCCACAGAAUUUGAUGAGUUGGUACAGAAUGAUGGGUAUGAUGAUGCUUAAUAACUUUUUUUUAGAUGUUGAAGAACAAGCAAUUACCAGUGUAGGAAUUACUAACCCUGUAUUUACUUGUACCAAAUUAUGGAGGUUUUAAAAUAAUGUAUGAAUAAUUAAAUAAAGACAUUUUAUAAAUUCAUGUGGGACUGCUUUAUUCAGCAACUACAUACAUUUCU